AUGCAGGAGUUGGUAUCGGUUCGAGCGAUUGCACACAUGCACGCUGGGCGACUCGGGCAGGAAAUAAUACCAGCCUCAAUUAUGAGUGUGUUCACACAACAAUUGGACUUUACUUCACUUUUUACUCAAACAAUUCUCCUUCUCACAGCCUCAAAUUUACGACCAGUUGCAGAAUUUGAGCCCAAAGAGGAAGGUGGAAAAGCGACGAAAUCUCGGCAGAUCUACCAAAGCGAUUUUAUUCAGUUGGCCCCAGAAACGCAUCAAGACGGUCAUCAACUGUACCAACGACAUGAACAAAACGCCCAGACGGUCGGAGUACUCAUUAGCCGACGCCUCGAGUUGUUUGUUGUCAGCCUCUUGCGAUUGGCGGCCAAAGCCAAAGUGGCCUCGAAGGAAAAGGAGCGAGUGGAGAAGAAGAGCAAGAAAGAAAGAAGAAGAAGAAGAAGGCGCAGGAGACGCCGACAGCAACAUCGACAUUAUGAAUGGAGGAUAUGGGGAAUGUGGACUGUGGAAUGGGGAGCGGUUCCGGUACCGUCAAGCAGUGAUUGGGCGAAAAACGAUGAGGAUACGGUCAAUUGGCCACGGGUGACAGAGGAGUUCAGUCAGUUGGCGGUUACACCAUCCCCAAGAUGGCAUCAAUGCGCAAUGUUUUUAGGCCAAGCCUGCCUGAACAGACUGUUUGUUGGCGAAACACUGCGGCCGGGCCAAAAAGAAACGCAGACAGUGUUUGGGCGUGAGAGACUAUUUCCUGUCUGGAGGGAAAUAAAGAGAGGGAGAGAGGAAGAUAGUAUGGCCAGAAAGAGGGAACAAGAGUACAUCUUCUGUCGCGAGCGGACUGGGCGAAGGACCCAGACAGAAGAGGAGGGAUCUGGGCGCGUGUUCCAGGGACUCAGA